UUGCUCUGACAUGCUUUCUGUGAAUCAGUGCAGUUAUAGCUAAGUAGCUUUGAGAAUAGUCAUCACAAAGCUCACAACAAGUGGACUGGCAUACAUGCUUUACUCUUAACUGUCAUUUGGAUAGAAAAUAACCCAGCCUGAGGUUUUUAACCUGUUUGUGUUAGUGACCAUGGCAAAUAAUUUUGGAGUUACCCUGGUUUUGUUCUCAAUCUGGAUUAUAAAAUUCACAGCUCCAGGCUCCUUUGAUGUUAAUGAUCUCAAGACUGAUGCCUGCAGGAUCACAGGUGUAACCUUAAUUAGUUAUGUCUCAAAAAUGAAUUUCACAGAAGCAGAAACUGCAUGCAAACAGCUGGGCUUAAGUCUAGCAUACACAACAGAGGUUGAGAAGGCUUUAAGACAUGGAUUUGAAACAUGCAGGUAUGGAUGGGUGGCAGAUAAGGUGCUUGUCAUUCCUCGGAUAAAAGCAAAUCCAAAAUGUGGUCAGAGCAAAACUGGUGUAGUGCAAUGGAAAACUGACCUUGGAAAGAAGCAGGAUGGUUACUGCUUCAAUUCUUCAGAUACUUGGAUUGAUUCAUGCAAACCAGAAACAAGUACAAGCACCAUAACUGUAACAGCUACAGAAAUAAACUCAUCUUCAACAGCCUCAACUGACGACAUUUCAGAGAUGCCUAAUACUACUAUUGAAUUGCCAACAAAGAGAAAACCUCCAAAGUCCAUUCGCAGAAUGUGUAUUACAGAAACUAUAUUACAAACAGAGCAGACUAGUGUGGAAACUCAAACGGACAUGACACCGCCUGAUGGAAAGCGAGGAGCCUUUAGGAACGAUAGGGUUAUAUUUGGAGGUGUACCCACUGCACUCCUUGUCCUGGCACUCUUCUUCUUUCUAGCUUCAGUUGUUCUAGCAGUCUGUUAUAUCAAAAAGUACAAGAAAACCUUCCCAUUUUCAAAGAAGACACAGAAAAAAGAAAUGAUUGAAACUAAUGUAAUCAAAGACGCUAAACCAAGUGACAGAGAACCUGAAAAGGAACCAAAGAAUAAUGGAAAAAAAGCAGAAGAGCCUCAAACCAAAUCUGAGACCACUGUAAAAUGUGUGGAAGCAGAAGUUUGAGAGUGAAUGCUAUAGCAAGUUUGACAGUUUUAAAAUUAAAAAAGGAGACACUAUUAAAUCCUUUAUAAGUGGAAGACUAUCAAUGCUGGGAAAGUUGAGCGCAUAUUUCUUGUACAUACAUUUGAAUGGUCAGAAUUUUAUACCUAAUUACCUUUGUUCUUUGCUAGAAAAUGUUCUUUUGCAGGAUCACAGAGCCUUACUGGCAUGAACACGAAAAAAUAAAACCACCAUAUUGCAACACAGCAUUUGCCAUCUUAACAUGAAAUAACUAGGUCUAAGAAUGCUCUAUUGAAUGUGAUACAGUGUAUAAUUGUUUCCCUAGAACUCAGAGGAACACAUCUACAAUAGACAAUUCUUUUUAUCCUUUUGGCUGUUGUCUGCUAAUGCAGUAAGAUCCGAAAUUAAGAUCUAAUACUGCAGCCUUUAUUCAUGAGGCAAUUCUUAUUCCUAUUAAGUAGUCUCAUUGUUUUCAAAGGGACAAGCUCAUAUUAAUAGGGAUUAGUCAAACAAGUAAAGGUUGCGGGAUUAUCUCCUUUAAAGUUCCCAUAUAAGGGUGCUUUUACUCAUCUUUGUAGUAAAUCAAUACAUUUAUACUGAGUAUAACAUAAUCCACAAUGAAGUGUUUGUCCUGGAAAUAUUCUCUAUCGGUAUUUUACAACUGUAUUUAUUUUUUUUUUAAAUUACAUCUUUCUUCUUUAAGCAAGUGACAGGAAAAAAAGCCUUCAAAACUGUAUCACAAUCAUUGUCGUAAAGGUCUCUGAUGUAUAUUUAAAUUUGCUUUGACAAGAAAAGUAUCCCAAGUGGGAGGGAAGUUUACAGCAUUACAUAAGAAAAUAAAGUAUGGUAGAUAUAUA